AUGUAUCCACUUUUCGUGACGAUGCGCAGCGUGGAUAAGGUGAUUCGCGGACUCGAGCCCGAAUUACAAUGGGGUCAAGGCCCUGAAGGCGACUUCGCCUCACUUGUAACUCACCUCCGUGUGCUUAUGACCAAAGGUCUGACCAAUGUCAUGCUCUUCGGCGUCGUGGAUAAAAAAGAUGCGCAUGGGUGCAUGGCUGAUGAUGAGACUACGCCCGUUAUAAAGUGUACCAAGGUUCUCCGUAAGGCGCUGCCUGACCUCAUGGUUGCUUGUGACGUUUGUAUGUGCGAGUAUACAGACAAUGGUCACUGUGGCAUUCUACGUGAUGUGGAUGGAGAGCAGAUUCUCGAUAAUAAUCGCACACUUGAACGCCUGAUGUGUAUUGCGCUGGCUUAUGCCAAUGCUGGUGCGCACAUGGUAUGCCCGUCCGACAUGAUGGACAACCGUAUAGGCGAAAUUCGCAAAAUGUACAACGAAAAAGGUUUUGAGCACGUCUCUAUCAUGGCCUACACAUCAAAAAAGGCAUCGGUAAUGUACGCGCCUUUCCGUAACGCAGUCGAGUCUACAUUUCAAGGAGAUCGGAAGCGCUACCAACACCCAGUCGGUAGCGUCAGCCACGCCACAUUGGCGUUUGAGCGAGAUGUCCAACAGGGCGCCGACAGUGUGAUUGUCAAACCUUCACUCUUUUACACGGAUAUUGUAGCAAGUUUUGCUGCCAAGAAAACGGUGCCCGUCGUAUGUUAUCUCGUUUCAGGCGAAUAUAAGAUGAUCAAAGACUACGGCGAUUCUACCAAUUCUCUCGAAUCCAUUGUGCGCGAAGCUCACCUCAGUUUGCUGCGUGCCGGGGCUAGUGUACUUAUCACGUACUUUACCCCUUAUAUACUGGACCACUGCGCAAAGUGGUAA